AUGGCCUUUACACACCUCUGCGGGAUUCAGGCACCCCAAACACCCUCCACCAUUAACACCUUUCUGACCAAGGCUCAACAUGACAUCACGCUAACUGCAGCUGACACGAGGAUUUUUAUAAAGAAUAUAAAAACUGGUGUGACCAUAGAUCAGUUUAAAAAUUCCCUUGAGCAGUACGGAGCCAUGCAAGUUUACUUUUACGAACCAGGAACUAAUGAUGACGGCUGGGCCUGGGUUGGAUUUGAGAGUAAGGAAGCUGCCCAAAGAGUUGUCGAAGAAUCCGAAAAGGCAAGAGAGCUAGAAGAGGCAAAUAAUGAAAAUAGCGAGAAUGACAAUGGAGAAAACGGCGAGAAUAACGAAAAUAAUCCAAAGGACGAAGAAAAUGAACGCGGAGACUCAAACAGCUUUUACGCUGAAAAUGAUGAUGAAAAUCAGAACGAGGAAGAAGAUGAAGACAGCGACGACUAUUAA